CUUAAUACACAUUUUAUUUACACGUGUUCAUUGAACUAGAACAAAUAUGGCGAAGCGAAAAAUAACGAGUUUCUUUUUGCCAACGGAUAACAAUAAUAACGAUACAAACGAAUCCUCAGACUUAACCGUUGAGUCACAAAAAAAAACGAAAUUAAAUCCUUCAAUGAAAACCGUUAAAAAGUGGGAGAAAGAACUUAAUAUUAAACUUAAACUAGUUGUUGAUGAAGAUGAUCACGUCAAUCAAAUGUUCUGCGAGGAUUGUGUGCAGUUUAUGCCUGACCAGACGUCAUCGUUUGUGACUGGAUGCACAUCAAUCAAGAAGGAGUCUGUCAAGUAUCACAGGGAUUCGGUCAUUCAUCAAAGGGGUUCAGCCAAAAGAAACAGGGAAGCGGAGGAAAUAGCUGAUCUUAUGGAUACACACUUUACAAAGCCGGAGCGAUGCAAUGGAACACGUUGGGUGGACCACAAGCUGAGGGCAAUAUCAAAACUCGUCACAAACUGGAAAAUCCUUGUCAUGGAUAUGAUGAGUUACAGCCAGGACGAUAGCAAUGCUGAAAGAAGAUCUAAUCCUAUCAAGUGUAGUUAAUAAACUGCAAACAUCUAAUGAAUUGUUGCGUCAUCUUGCUGACAAUGAUGGCGAUAGUCUGAAGGACUUUAAAAUCAAACUAAAUGGGGACCAGUAUGAAGAUGAAACUUUGAAAAAUGUUAUAAAUUUUGAGACACUUGACAAUGAAAAGGGACGACUCGUGCAGUUAGUUAUUGAUUGUUUACAGAGUAGACUUAAUAAUAUUGACAGUGACCCGCUAUAUUUGAGCUGCCUCGUUUUAGAUCCGAAGAAUUGGCCUUGUGUAGCUGACCAAAAAAUACUUUUAUAUGGUAAUGACAGCAUAAAGUUAUUGUUAGAUCAUUUCAAAUCUCCAUUGUUAAAUGCGGGUUGUGAUAUAGAUUCAGCGAUGUCGGAAUGGAAGGAUCUGAAAUUUUAUAUUGGAAGAGGAGAACAUUUUAAGGGACAAAACCCAUUUAAUAUCUACCAACGAGUUAGCCACGAAGACAUUGGGAGGGAAGAGUACACAAACAUUAUGCUUGUCAUUCAUUUGACCAGUUUAUAUCCACUAAGUAAUGCAUCAUGUGAACGUGCCUUCUCGAUCAUGAAACACAUGAAGAAUGACUGGAGGUACUCCCUGAGUAGCGAACGCAUGGACCAGCUUAUGCGGAUAAAAAUUACUGGCAAGGGUGAAGAGUUCAAUCCAAAGUGGACAGAGACCCAAAAGACCUGAUGUGGGUCCUUAUGGUCCAAGGAACUGAAUGAUAUCUUUGUAUGAUUGUUGAUAAAUAAAAUGUGUAUGUUAAGUA